UGUUGCUCGCGGCGCCUGGGUCUGCAUCCGGGUCCUUGGGCUUCGCGCUUCAGUCCCCUGUCGCGGCGCUGGCGCUUUGCGGGGUGUUGCCUGUUCCUGUUGUGCCAGUGUCUGAAGAGCCGGUAGGUGUGCCGGUUUGAACUUUUUGUCCCGGAAGCUGUGCAUCACCAUAAUGAGGCUUGUAAUUCUUGAGAACUAUGACUUGGCUAGUGAAUGGGCAGCCAAAUACAUCUGUAAUCGCAUCAUUCAGUUCAAACCUGGACAGGAUAGAUAUUUUACCCUGGGUUUACCAACAGGGAGUACACCUUUAGGAUGUUAUAAAAAACUAAUAGAAUAUCACAAGAAUGGAGAUCUUUCUUUUAAAUAUGUGAAGACCUUUAACAUGGAUGAAUAUGUAGGACUUCCGAGAAAUCAUCCUGAAAGCUACCAUUCUUACAUGUGGAAUAACUUUUUUAAGCAUAUUGACAUAGAUCCCAAUAAUGCACAUAUCCUUGAUGGAAAUGCUGCAGAUUUACAAGCAGAAUGUGAUGCAUUUGAAAAGAAAAUAAAAGAAGCUGGAGGAAUAGACCUUUUUGUUGGAGGAAUUGGUCCAGAUGGUCACAUCGCUUUCAACGAGCCUGGAUCCAGUUUAGUGUCAAGGACAAGAUUGAAGACUCUAGCAAUGGACACCAUUUUGGCAAAUGCUAAAUAUUUUGACGGAGAUUUAUCAAAAGUGCCAACUAUGGCUCUGACUGUUGGUGUGGGGACAGUGAUGGAUGCUAGAGAGGUAAUGAUCCUCAUAACAGGGGCACACAAGGCAUUUGCCCUGUACAAAGCAAUUGAAGAAGGAGUCAAUCACAUGUGGACUGUUUCAGCUUUCCAGCAGCAUCCCCGAACUAUUUUUGUAUGUGAUGAAGAUGCUACUUUAGAAUUAAGAGUUAAAACUGUGAAAUACUUUAAAGGUUUAAUGCAUGUGCACAAUAAACUUGUGGAUCCACUAUACAGUAUGAAAGAAGGAAACUGAAGGAGAUGGGAGCAAAAUUCUUCUUGAAUGAGCAGAGUACUUUUUUAAUAAGAAGCAGAUGAAUUUUUAGCUAUGCAAUGAUAAAACAUAGGGAAUUGUGAAGAUUGUCAUUUUUAAAGUCCACUAUCUGUUGAACAUUCCAUAUUUAGAAUGUAUCUGUUUUAGAAUAGGGUUCAGAAGUAGCUGGUUCUAAAAAUUGGCUAUUUUAUUAUAAAAUAAAAAAGCCACAUCACCAUCUAGAAAAUUGCAUAGAAAUGAAAUGUCUGCCUGUUUAAAAUCUAAAGUCAUUUUAAAGGUAUAGAGUCUGCAUAUCAGGUGCCAUUUCUGGCAUGACUCCACGGCAUACAUAGAUUUCCAUUUUUAAUGACAAGAUGACACUCCAAACCUUUCAGGUAUCAAGCAGCUCUCUCUGUAGAGUUUUACUGUUGGAAUGCUGUCUUUAUAUUUUCUAUGCAUCACACACACAAUUUUUUGCAUGUGGUUGCCUUAGUCAUGUUCUUGCAGAAACAUCUAAAUAUCAAAAGUUAUGCUCUAUAUUGUUAGUAAAGGAAAUCUGAACAGAUGACAGUGCCUAAACGUACAGUUUACAUCCUUUUGGAAAGUAUGUAAGUGCAUGUUUUUGUGCACCUUCUACUUUUUUACAGAUAUGCUCUUAUUUUUAUUUAAUGACUUGGGCUUAUGCUCGAAUAUAAGUUAUCUUGGCAAUUAUGAGCUUUCUAUCUAGCAACACACUUGGGGAAAUUCUUUUAGAGAAUAUUUUCUAAUUAUUGUUAAACUUCAUAAAUGAUUACGUUUAUUCAAUAUAUUAUAUAUAAAAUGUCAAAAAGGAUAAAUAUAUAAAAUGAAUUACUGCAAACUAUUUUAGAUUGACAAAAUUUGCAUAAUCAAAUCACAAAUAAAAGUAUAUUGUUUUCUAUCUUUAACUCAAAUAAAGUUUUUAAUAAAAAAAUAGGUUAUUAAUUUAUUUC